UAAAACAGUAAAAACGCCCCGCAGUGACACCUUACUAUAUACCAUGUGUCUGUCAUUCUGUCAGAUCUGUAUGGUUAAAACGAAGAAGAGAGAUUUUAGUUUUGACAAGUGUAAAUAAUGUUUUAUAUCAUUGGCCUGGGAUUGGGCGAUCCUAAAGAUGUGACAGUCAAGGGAUUGGAAAUUAUAAAAAAAUGUGAGCGUGUCUACCUGGAGUCAUACACAUCCAUACUGACUUGUGGACAAAAGGCACUGGAAGACUUUUACGGCCGUCCCCUGAUUAUUGCCGAUCGUGAUCUUGUCGAACAAGAGGCCGCUACAAUUUUAGAUGGGGCAGAUACCGUUGACGUUGCACUACUAGUUGUAGGCGAUCCGUUUGGAGCUACGACACACACAGAUGUCAUCAUUCGAGCCAAAGAAUUGAACAUCAAAUAUCAGGUCAUCCACAACGCGUCCAUUAUGAAUGCCAUUGGUUGUUGUGGACUACAAUUGUACAGUUUCGGUGAAACAAUAUCCAUACCGUAUUGGAGUGAUACAUGGCAGCCGGACAGUUUCUACGAUAAGAUCAAAAUCAAUCGCGAUAAUGGUUAUCACACAUUGUGCUUGCUAGAUAUUCGAGUUAAGGAACCGACCCUGGAAUCAAUUAUGAAGAAGAAAAAGGAGUACCAACCUCCACGGUUUAUGUCCGUCGCCGAAGCCGCUGACCAGUUAUUACAGAUAGUAAAGAAGAAACGGGACGAGGGUAUUAAUUCCGCAGAAUUGGCCUACGAUGAGAAUAGUUUGUUUGUUGGUGUAGCUAGGGUCGGACAUGAAACUCAAUCAAUCGUCGUCUGCACGUUGAGUCAAAUGGCUGAAACAGAUUUGGGCGCACCACUACACUCGUUGGUCUUACCAGCUACGAAAUUGCAUCCAAUCGAAAUCGAAUAUUUGCAACAAUUUUCGGAAGAGAAACUGGGAGAAGGGGAACAUGGAACAUAAUGAUUAACCAAUUUCAUCGGUUUAUUCGCCAAAUAAAACAAUUGCUAACUGGUUUCGA